AUGGCCCAAGACAAAGAAAACGCCAACGAUCUGCAGCCAUCCCAAAGGGCCAGCGAACGACUCAACCAGCUCUCAUCACAUUUCGGAUCUGGAGCCAACCAAACCAAAAAACGUAAGCCCAAAUCGUCCACUACGUCUUCCCUUGCCGCCGAUCACUCCGAUGUCCUCGGCCAGAUAGCGACCUUGCGCGCCCUAGCCUCCAACCCUGAUCCUAAGAAUCGCGGGUACAUCCGCCAAAAACAAGCCGGGAAACUCUGGGUGCGUGAGCGAAUUGAGCAAUUGGUCGACCCGAAUACCUUCCAGGAAAUUGGUUCCGUCAGCGGUACGGUGACGUGGAGACAAACCGGUCCAUUGACGGAAGAGCCGGUGGCGUUCACGCCGAGUAACAAUGUACAGGGCAUGGGAAAAUUGAAUGGCAGAGAGGUGCUCUUGACAGCGGACGACUUCAGUAUUCGCGGUGGGCAUGCAGACGGGGCAAUUGCUGAGAAGACCAUAUAUAUGGAGCAAAUGGCGGUUGCCCUGAAAAUGCCAAUGAUUAAAUUGGUUGACGGAAGCUCUGGCGGUGGAAGUGUGACGACGAUUAGAAAGGAAGGCUGGUCGUACGUUCCACAGGUAAAGCCGUUUAAGCAUGUGGUUCAGCAGUUAAACAUGGGUAUACCAAACUUGGGCGCUGUUGUUGGACCUGCUAUUGGACUCGGGGCUGCCAGAGUGGUGUCCUGUCACUUCUCCGUCAUGGCCGCAGACGUGGGCUCCCUCUUCAACGCUGGUCCUAAAGUUGUCGAGGGCGCAACAUUCGAAGAAGGCCUGGACUUUCAAGAACUAGGCGGACCCAUGAUGCAUUGCACCAACGGCACCAUCGACAACCUAGCCGCAAAUGAGGCAGAGUGCUUCGAGCAAAUACGCACUAUCCUGGCCUACCUUCCCAGCUCGGGCGCCGAGGCACCACCAGUGAUUCCAUGCGACGAUCCGGAAAACAGAGAGGACAUCUCACUCAGGAGCAUAAUUCCAAGACGACAGCAGAGAAUGUACAAUCCGUGGACCAUUAUUAAGUCCGUAGUCGACAAAGAUUCGUGGUUCGAAAUCGGUCCCUUAUGGGGGCGAACAUCAAUCACUGGGCUUGCUCGUCUUGGAGGUCGACCGGUUGGUAUCAUCUCGCUGAACUGUGAAGUCAACAGUGGGGCCCUGGAUGCAGCCGGAAGCCAAAAGUUGACCAGACUGUUGAAAUUAUGUGACGUUAUGAAUAUCCCCGUUAUUCAAUUCAUUGACGUUCCUGAACGAACGGCCACCAUGCGUUGGGGCGUCGAGCUCACGAAAGCGUACUACUCUACCACGAUGCCGAUUUUCAACGUCAUCACAAGAAAAGCGUUCGGCGUCGCGGGCGCUGUUAUGGUGGGCUGUCGUGAUCCCAAAAUGCAAGUGGCCUGGCCAUCUGGUCAAUGGGGAUCAUUGCCUCUGGAUGGUGGAAUAGAAGUCGGUCACCGACAUGAACUACGGGAAGCCGAAAAGCUUGGCAAAAAGGCAGAGCGAUAUAAGGAAUUGGAGGAUGAAUAUCUUCGACUUAUGAAUCCGGUCCGGACCGCCAAUGCAUUCGGUGUGGAGGAGAUCAUCGACCCUAAGGAUACCCGUGCCGUAGUCUGUGCUUGGGCCAAACGGGUAUAUCAGGUGCUUAUGCCAGAGAGAUUGGCAAAUAGAGCCAAUGGGAAGAUCCAGCCCAGCUUCGCAUGA